AUGAAAUGGAACUGGAGUGUUCGAGGAAUACAGUAUGGCACAUCAACCUCUAGAAGUGGUUGUAGCCUUUUUGAAUCAGAGAAUAGUUUAGUCCAAGGAGACAAACAAGAAGAAAAAUUACAGACUAAUGAAGAAGCUGUUUGUGAGGAAGGUUCCAAUAAGAAUGACAACGAUCAGGAGACUAUAGAUCUUGAGAAUUGUGUUGAUCUUGAUGAGAUUCCUGUCUUGAAAAAUGCCAACACCGAGACAGACAAUGAUCAUAAAGAGUCGGACAUUCAAGCUUUUGAAAGUUUAGGACAAGUCGACCAACUUGAGAUAGAACAAGCAAUCCAGGAGAAUGAUCCAGAGCCUGAGAAAGUGAUUACUUUCCAUGAAGAAAGAGGGGUAGACCAACCUGAUGGUGAUUCAGCAACUGAACCAGAAGAUGAUGGUUCUGGUGUUGACUCAGAUGGCACAGUCUCUGAAGCCGAUUCAAACCAAGCCGUACAGGGAUCUGAUAUCGCUGAAGAAGAGAUGAUUCUAUCUGAAUUAGAAGGUUCUGUAACUGCUCCAACGUCUCCUUCUCAUCUGCUUGAAGAGGCUAAAGUCAAAGCAGCUCCAGUAUCUCCAUUCGCACCAGAAUCAAUCUCUGCUCAGUUUCCAAGACCAAACAAAUCAGCAACAACCACAUCAAAGAACUCGGCUAUGAAGCUGGUCAGUGUCGACAACAAUAACAAGGAGAACAACAUGGAGAUGAUGGUGAAUGUUAGUGACAAUGGAGAGAUCAAAGCUGAGGCUAAGAAACAGAAGAAGAAGAAGGUGGAGUUCGAUGAAGAGAACUUGAAAGAUGUUAGCAUGAGGCAACUUGUGAAGAUGGUGAAGGAACUCUCUAUAAAAAGCAGUAACAACAGAACAACAUUGCAGAUGUUGCCUGGUAAUAAUCAUAUUGCAGAGUAG